UCUCUCAAAAUGAAUAAGUUUCACAUCUAGUUAUCUAUGGAGUCAUCUAUGGUCAAAAUUCUGAAAUUUUUUGGCGUGGGAUAUUAUUUAAAUUGUGUUGUGGUGCUAAAGUAAAAGAUGUUUGAAAAAAUUAGGGAAAGCAAUUGUGUUUUUUAAGUUAAUUACAGUACAUAGGAAUAAUCAAAAUGUCGAUGUUUGGCUCAGAUUGGUGUAUUCGGAAUUCGGUGUACAAGGUUUUAAAAUGUUGUGACUGCAACAGCGAUUUAUGCCGACGCUCAGUAACCAUUCAACAAUUUGGUUUUAAUUAAUUUGAAUCAAUUUUAGUUAAUCUGCAUUAUGAUGAGAAUUAAAAUAUGUAUAUAUUAUAUUGUUUUCGGAGCUUAACCCGCAAAUGUCUCCAAAAUGGAAGGCUGGAAUAUAACUAGUUGGUUUCCUACUAAAAGCAAAUGUGAGAAGUAAGAACAACGGAAACGUACAACACAUAUAAUUAUUUGUAUUUUGCUCUGAAAUGGGGGCAGCAAUGGGGAAAAAUGGGGGAAACUUUUUAGAUGCGUUACCCUCGCAGGGCACAUUACACAUUGUUAUGCUUGGCCUUGACUCAGCCGGAAAAACAACGGCACUAUAUAGAUUAAAAUUUGAUCAGUAUUUAAAUACAGUACCUACAAUCGGAUUCAAUUGUGAAAAGACAAGUAACAACUGAGGAGAUAAUUGGAUGGCUCGAAGAUCUGAAUGAGGACGAUAAUGCAUGUCGACAUCAGAAAUGCCAAUUCAAUCGAUGUGACUUUACUUCCACCUGAAGAACAAGAGUUAUCCGAUUGCGAUGAUGCAGAUGAGGACGAUGAAGGUUUGGGCGACUUGGGCCGUGGGGUUCUAAAAAGGACAUGCGAGAUAAAAAAUGGCCAAUUCAGAAGUGGGUAAUGUACAGUAUUUAAUGAUGUGAGCAAUUCAAAAACCUCGCGGUCAGUGACUUCCACUCAAAGGAAAAAGAAAAAACCCACAAUUCGUCGAAAGUGGUCCAAAAUAGAACUAAAAACAAGAUAAGGCACAAACACAGCAGUACGCGUUCACACUCCGGAUAUUAUGGCAGAUAUCUUGAAUAACGAUUUAAGUCCACUACAAAUUCUUGAACUAAUUUUUGAUGAUGAUUUAUGAAAUAUAUACAAGCACAGACUAUAAAAUACGCUGUAAACAAAGGAGAUGAAGCGUUCACCCUAAAUCUUGAGGAAUUGUACACUUAUCUAGGCAUCCUUAUAUUAAGUGG